CCAGCGAGACCUCGAUGGCGACGGCCAACCAGAGUUGGUUCGUGAUGUCUACUAUGGGCGAUUCGGCGCACUCUCCUGAAGCUGUCUUCACAGCCCCUACGACGCGUUCCUUCGAGCCGGCCGGACGACGACUCGACGUCGACUCGCUGGAUAACGAGGACAUCAACGACAUUGGUGACAGGGCAGACCGCGGCGAGCUCGUCCUUCCGUCAAAGAACUCCGCUCCAGGUAAUCAGGGGACAACAAAAACGACCGACCUACUCGAUCUUCUGGGUCUGCUAGACACUUUGUCCCCAAACGUGAGCUUGUCUGGAAGCGCCAAGCGAGCGCAGUCAAGCAAAAGAAGGGCGGCUGGCCGUGACGGAGCGCGACGUCGUUACCCAGUCGGAAGCACGGCGUCGCGUAUAGCGUCAUGGGUCUAUCGCAAUACAAGAAAGAUGACCUCUAAACUUCCCGGAGCGAAGUUAACAUCUGAACAGUCUUCUGGGCAACUACAUCUGAACCAUCACAAUAGGAGCUUGACACGACGCGGUGAAAUGGGGAACGACAAGAAUGUCCGUAAACUACUUCCCUCAACCUUUGUUACCACGACUCAGCGGAAACCUCGUAAUGCUCUCGUUACGCAACCACGGAAGUCACCGAAGCGACCGAGUUCUAGGAAGAACUUCCUAGGCGCAAGAAGUGUUACUCGAAUCGUCAUGAGUCGCCACACACCACGUCGAAGGAAAGAGGGACGAAGCAACUGGAAUAUCGACGCGAGCUUCACACACGCAACUCGAUUUCGGGUGCGUCGUCUGCCUCUUUUUAGGCGCUCCACAACGACAACGGAGGAAACUGAUUUUGUCUCUACCGAAGAAGACAACAGCGCUUCAUUUGUGGAUUUUUAUGAGUAAAGGAAACA